AUGUCGGUGCCCCAUUUACGAUAUACACUUUCAUCUAGAUACAUUGGUGCUUUGUGUAGCACCGAGGUGGGUAGUUCUUCACAUGACCCGUCGACCGCUGAGGCUCAACCUCAUAUACCACUAGCUUCUGGAUUGUUUGAUGGUGCAUCACAUGUACGCCUUCACCCAUCAGUUACUUUGGCUGCACAUGACACACCAUAUGACUUGACUACAACCACUUUUCUUGUUCGUGAUAGUGAACCUCUACGUACCACAGAGCACGGUCGUAUGGAGGGUGGAGACACUGAUACUGCACACACACAUGAUGGUGCAUCUCAAGACCACGUGCAACAAGAUGAUUCAUCUCAGCCACCUUCAUGUGGAGUGAAGAGGACUGCAGAUGAGAUGCACAAGAGUUCUUAGAUUAUAUAUUUUAGAUCAUGUCAUGUUAUUUUAUUAUGGACUUUUUAUGAUGACACUUGUUAUGUUAUCCUAGGACUUGUUAUUAUGUUAUUUGGACUUGUUUUAAUGUCAUUUCCUUGUU